GAGACGGUUGGAGCACUAACUAAAUGGGUUCAGUGAAAGACAACUUGCAUUGUCCAACCAAUUUUUUAAGGUGCAUUAAACGUGAAGGUGCACAAUUUUCCCAUAGCAACUAGAAGUGAAGCACGAUCUUCACUCGUAGAUAGAGAGUUGAGAGAAAAUUAUUGAGAGCCUUGAAUAGUUGUUCCGAGAGAAAAAUCGUGAACCAAUUUGUAAGAGGCCUAUUAGGUCUCGUGGUUUUUCCUUGCUUAAAUUGAGAAGGUUAAGCUAAAAAAAAAUUACGUUUUCUCUUAGUGUCUAUUUUGAGUUAACAUAAAGAAAUUAUGAACACAUUUCCCAACAUAACUAACUAACUAACUUCUGUAACUGCCCCUAUAACAACUAAACUAACUAACUAACUAUAAGUGGUUAUGCUGAUUUGUUUCAUGAACACCUUUUCAUAGAUAUUCCUUUACAAGAUUUUCACCAAAUGAAGUACUGAAGAAUCCACACUCUUCUCUCAUUCCAUUGAUACACAGAAAAAUUCUAUGCAAGAUUGAUAAUACAGAAGAAGAUGAAAAGAAUUAGUCACUAUCUCAAGCUUUUAACUUUGAUUCCACAAGUUCAUCAGACACAGGAAAUCUGCAAAAGGUUCUUUCAUACUAAGAUUUUUCCAAAGCAUGUUGAUUCAAAAGAGGUUUCACCAAGAACCAGACUCAGUGAUGGGAGGCACCUCGCUUACCUUGAGAGAGGCUUUUCUGAGGACAAAGCAAACUACAAGAUGAAGAGAAUAAGUGAUUAUCUGAAGCUUCUAACUUUCAUUCCACAAGCUCAUCAGACUCAGCAAAUCUGCAAAAGUUUCUGCCAUACAGUGGUUCAUGAGGGAACUCAGAUUUCUCCAAAGCAUGAUGAUUCGAAAGAGGUUUUACCAAGAAUCAGACUCAGAGAUGGGAGGCACCUUGCUUGCAGUGAGAGAGGCUUCCCUAUGGCCAAAGCAACAUACAAGAUUAACAUUGUGCAUGGUUUUGGAAACACCAAAAGAUUGCAUUUUCCAGCUCCACAAAACAAGUUAUGGGACCAGGCUGUUUUUUACACUCUUUGUGAUGAUUCGAGGAUGGCUUAUGGAAAAUGGGAAUUUGAUCCAAUGAAGAUAAAGAAUCCACUCCCUCACAAAAGAAGGUCGUUUCAUUUUUGGCAAGGAUAAGAAGAUAAGAUUUGUUUCAUGGAAGCUGCCUUGGAUACAAGAUCAUGAAGUUCCAGAUUGUGGCCAUUUGAUUUUAUGCUAUAAGAGCAUGUGUGAGGCAAUUUUGAGAUCAUCUUUUCUAUUCAAAGAUGAAUUCUAACAAUACAUUUUGUAAUACAAUUUUUGUGCAAAUUUGCUGUAUAAACUCCACUUAGAUCUACUAAGUGAUGAGUCACAUUCCUUGUUGUUGAGUUUUUUUAGGAUAAUAUCAAUUGUAUACAUUACAUUAGUUGGUUGGAAAGAGGUGUAUAUCAGUGUGUAUACAUUGCUUUCAGUGGUUUGUUAAGUGAUUCAAAUAACA